GCUGGUUCUUCAUCGACUGGUCGUAUUAUGUAGGAAAUGUUUUUUUUUUUGAGAUCACCUUCUGCUGCUGCUUCUUUUGCUGCUUCUUCUGCUGCUAUUAGAGCAGUUUUCAGUGCCAAUUCUUCCUUAAAGACCAGCUUUUCCACUUUGAGCCAGUUAUCCAACUCUUUACAAAACGAAAAAAAUGAAAAAUUAAAUCAGGUAUCUCAAGAGAGUAUCCAAAAAGAACAGAAACAAGUUAAAAAAGAGAAAUAUGUUUUUGCACAAUUGAACGAGAAACAAAAAGAGUUUUUGGACGAAGUUAUCAGAGUUGACCAAGCUGGUGAAUUGGGCGCUAAUUACAUCUAUCAAGGUCAGAUUUUUGCGUUGGUUCAUAAGAGACCUGAAUUGAAAGAGACCUUGAAUCAUAUGUGGGAACAAGAGGUUCAUCACCAUAAUACGUUUAAUCAAUUGCAAGUCAGAAGAAGAGUUAGACCUUCCUUGUUGACCCCAUUAUGGAAAGUUGGUGCUAUUGGGCUAGGGUAUGUGACUGGUUCAAUCAGCAAAGAAGCUGCUAUGGCUUGUACUGUUGCAGUAGAAACAGUUAUUGGUGGUCAUUAUAACGAUCAAUUGAGAACUUUGAUGAAAGAGUUUACUGUUGAUGCCAUUGAGAAGGAUAACACAAGCAAUCUAAUUAAAAAUCCUGAUUUUCAAAGUAGUGAGAUUGAACACUUGAAGGAGAUAAUCAAAGAAUUCAGAGAUCAAGAAUUAGAACAUUUAGAUAUUGCUAUUGAAAACGAUGCAGAAUCCGCUGUUCCCUAUUGGUUAAUUACUGACGUUAUCAAAUUGAUUUGCAAAUCUGCCAUUUUGACUUGCGAAAAGAUUUAAGUAAAAUAGCAAAAACGAAAACAAGAAAAUGCUAAAUUAAAAUAAAUUAAACUAGAUUAAAAUAAACAAAAGAUAAAGACAAACAAAGGUUAAACUAACAAAAUUUUUUCGUAAAUAUAUCAUAAAUAGUUAAUGUCAUGUAUCUAACAUCACACCAAAUCUU